AGCAGGGGCUUUUAUGUAAAUGCGGAUGAAGAAUGCUGGCAAUGCCUGCUUGACUUCAGACGGGUCUCAGAAAGCACGGAAAACAGCGGCGUGCUCUUGCUACAACAUAACAUUGAUUUCUUUCUGACUUAUGCCAGUACUGGUGGAAUAACUAGUAACAGCUGUAGGAAAUUUACGAGAUAGUUUGUUGUUAUACGCAGACUGUAGGUCAUCGGAAAUGAAGAACAGUCAUGUAAACAUGGAUCGGUGUAAUCCAACAGAUGGAUAUAAGAAGUUUAAACGAAAGGUUCGAGAUUCUGUUAAACGUGAGGAAAAGACUUCACAUGACUCUAAAAAAAGCCUCGACUCAGUGGGACCUUUGCUGGGGGAGGUUUAUGGAAAAACACGUGAAAAAAAGUUACAGCGUUUUGAUCCAGCUGGAGAAUACAUACGACAACCGGACAUUUUAAAUACUGCUCUUGAUAUGAAAAUGUUCUCUUUGCCAUCACUACCUAGGAAUGAAACGGAAACACCACUAUGGUCGAUUUCAGAGAUACCAGUUAAAAACAGAAACGACACAACAUCCCUACAAGUUUCAGCCUUUGAUAAUCAGCAAGCGUUUCCAACAAAUUAUCCUCCGCAGUCGCGUAUUCUGUUUUGCAAACGCUCUGAAAGGUCUCUCUGCUCAACCUCUCGUGGUUCAUACCUCCAUAACAAUGUUGACCCUACCGACUCACUUAGGAAACGAUCGGAAGAGCAGUCUGCUGGCGUCGUCACAGAGAUCAAAGCAAUUCAGCAGACACGAAGACUCCUGGCAAAUGCUAGAGAGAGGACCAGAGUGCAUACGAUCAGUGCAGCAUUUGAGGCUCUGCGAAAGCAGGUGCCCUGCUACUCCUAUGGACAGAAGCUCUCCAAGCUGGCUAUAUUAAGAAUUGCUUGCAACUAUAUCCUGUCACUGGCUCAACUUGUAGAUCUGGACUAUACACCAGAUCAUAGCAACAUGAGCUUCAGGGAGUGUGUUGAGCAGUGCACCAGAACCCUGCAGGCUGAGGGUCGCUCCAAGAAAAGAAAGGUGUUACAUUCCCCUUGAGGUGUCUAGGUCUAAAGCGGAGUAACCUGGGAGGAUACGUGAUGGAUGAUGGAAGGGAAGGACACAGACAACAGCAGUAUUGUUAAACUAAUGCUUUACAUUUUCUUUCCACACUUACAUGUUACAAUAGAGGUAAUGAAUGGAUCAAUACAUCAAUAAAAAAAGACAAAAUAAGUGGCAAUGGUAACAUCGUAAAAUCACCCAGCACAAAGGAAGCAGUGGUAAUAUUAUAAGUAGGUAAUAAAAGGCCAACUGGACAACAGUACAUGAAGUGAGUGGAGGAGUAAAGUCUAAAUAGGAAAAGUUGAGUAAGAUAAUAGUACUUGUAAUUAGGGUAGAGCUACCCUGAAAUGCUGUUAGACCCAACCAAGUAGCAAAGGUGGACUACAGACGGUGGCAAAGAAAUGAAAAGAAAAUAACACCUACCCUGCCUAAAGAGCCUGCCUAACCAAAAUUACCACAUGUGGCACUCGCCCCCGACCUGGUGUGUCUAUACAGAGUCAUACUACUGAGGAGAAAUAUAAAGGCGUGCCCAAACUAACGUGAAAUGCCAUUGUCCAUACAUGCCAUUGGAGGGUGAGAGCAAGAGAGCUGGGUAGAAAGAGAAAAAAGUGAAAGCAGCAAAGUGAGCCUAAAACACACUGCGUUAGCUUGACAUUUUCACAAAGUGUGUGCAGACAAUAUGCAUAAACUCUACCUUAUGUCUACCUUACCUAGGUUCCUCUACCUUAUGUGCAAUACUCAAUAGGCAAGACCUUUUUGUACAUCUUGGAGGUAUCUGUCUUUCAGAGCUGGUAAUAGAGCUGGUUAUUUGCUCAGUGAUUCAUUCAGUUUCUGCCACCUGAAGAGUAGAGGGCCUGUGGCUUCACUUAUUCUUAUACCUGGGUGGGUUUCCUGCAAAGGAGCACUAUUUGUGGUGAACCACCGAAUCCACUUUAUACAGUCACAGCUCCAAGUGAUUAACAAGUCAGGAUGCAGAAUUCGUGCUUGUGAAGACAAUGGCUAAGUUCUCUGGAAGGCGGGGCCGAGCACAAGUUUUGUGCCUGAUGCAUUGAUGUGUUGAUCACCUUAGAGAAGCAGAGAACAAAAGUUUUUACACUGCCACAGUGCAAAGACUAUAUUGAGAAUGUUAAAGUAGGCUUUGACCCAUCUGUUGAAUUGCAUCUGGCAGGGGUGCUCACACUUCUAUGGCAAGAGAUCAACUUUUUCAUAUUAUUAUUAUGGUAAGAUCCACCAUGUAAAAUAUGCACGUACACUCUAAAUUUGGAGUUUGAGAAAUUAUUUUGAGAGAUUUGUUUUUAUUCAAAUAAUGUUAUGCAAUCAAUUUUCAUUGAAACAAAUCGCAAAAGUAAUAUACAGCAUCAGGGGCAUGGUUGAGCUUCAGUGGUGGAUGGUGAGGAGGCAGGUUUAUGACUCUCACCCUUGUCUUAUUACCUCCAGUCUACUUAUUUGUGUCUCUUUGUGCAUUCAGUAACUGCCGUAACCAGAGAGACAGUGUGUGUGAUAUAGUUGGCAGAGCUUGCGAGACACCCACACACCAUGAAGCGUGAACUUGAACUUGACGGCGUGAAAACUGCGAGUCCGGGACAGACCUGUUUCGGGUUCUACAUUUCCCUAUUAAGAAGAUCGACCAUUGGUUGUCUUGCAAUCGACUGGCCGAUCACGAUUGAAGUAAUGAGCACCCCUGGCAUCUGGGUACCCUGGCGUGUGUGGCUUGGAUUGUGAGCUGGUCAGCCUGGGCCACAUGCAUGGCAUCAUUGGUGGUCUCACCAGAUGAAGCACUAUGCCCCACCAUAUGCUGCUCAAGCACUGAAUGCAGCCGUACAGAUGACACUCUGAUGCGGUCUUCAUUGACUCAUGCAUCGUACUAAUAAUUAGUUAAUCAGCUAGGGAACUGAUUGAAACUAUACUUGUGGCAGUAAGAUAUAAUCUGGUUUUCAGCUGGUGACAGGUGUGGUUAGUGCAAAUUCAUGCUGCUGGACACAUCCAAAUCAACUCUGCAAAACUUACCUUAUGUGCCAUGCUCACUCACAUGGUCAAGGAAGCCCUAGAUAGUACAGAUUUCAGAAACUAGUAACCAGCACAAUCGGGCAAAAUGGCCAUGCAGCAUUGCUCACUAGGUAACAACUACAUUGGACCAGUGGGUCCUGAGGACAGUGUAGCAGGGAUUCAAACUUCAGUUCUGCCAGUGACCUCCAACCUUUUCAGGGCUCCAGGCCUUGCUGAUUUCCAACCCCACUGAAUUGACCAAUUUUUUAAAAAAGAGAUUCAUUCUUUCUCACUCACUCUUUACUCAGCAGCAGUUUGUGAUCACCAUAACAGUGAGGAAAUGGUCACAGGUGACUGCUGGGCCCUACAGCACUGUUUUGAGUUGACAGACUGGGAGGUACUCUGUAGUCCACACAGUGAUGACAUCAAUGUUCUAACAGACCGUGUAACAGACUGUAUCAACUUCUGUGUGGACAGCAUUACACCAACAAAGAUUGUUCACUGUUUCCUGAAUAACAAUCCCUGGGACAUCAGACACAUUAAGACCCUUUUGAAAAGGAAGAAGACAGCCUUUCUUCAGGGGAACAGGGAGAAGGUGAAACAGGCUUAGAAAGAACUGAAGGUCAAGAUCAGGAAAGGAAAGGUCACUGCAGAAUAAUAAUACAAAGAAUGUGUAGAGGGGCAUGAAGACCAUCACAGGCUAUAAGCAGAUGCUGGGACCUGAGAUAGAGUGCAUUCUGGAAAGGGCCAAUGAGCUGCACCAGUUCAACAGAAACAGAAAUAUACCUGACCCCUGUUUCUAUCAAUGGUGUGAAUGUGGAGCUGUGCUAUGGACAAUUUUGUACUUUUGCACUGGCCUGCACUCUUCACCAUACUCACUGCCAGAAAACUGUAACUUGUAAUCCAGUAAACUGUAACAAUUUGCAAAAUACAACAAACACUGCUGUUUUGUAGUGAUUUCUGUUACUUCUGCUUUUGUAAUGGUUGGCAAGAAAUUUUCCUCCUGGAUGAAUAAAGUCAAGUCAAGUCAA